CUUGCGCGCUGGAUCCGUCGUACGGCACACGCUGGAAGGACGGGCCGGCGGCAGAGACUAUGGCAGAGACUAUGGCAGAAGGACGGACCGGCGGCAGAGACUAUGGCAGAGACUAUGGCAGAAGGACGGACCGGCGGCAGAGACUAUGGCAGAGACUAUGGCAGAAGGACGGGCCGGCGGCAGAGACUAUGGCAGAGACUAUGGCAGAAGGACGGGCCGGCGGCAGAGACUAUGGCAGAGACAGAGGCGCAGAUCUCAAGCCCAUGCCGCACAGGAGUGUCGUGAGAGAGAAGAGAGAGGAGGCUGCUGACGGGCGACCACGGCCAGAGAAAGAACCAAAGCAGAGGCCCACCUCCCUUUGGUGCCUCUAUGCUGCAGGUGCGGAAAGCGCGCUCGCCCGCCGCGUGGCCGCCGCAACGGCUCAGCGGGAGGGGGGGGCGGAGGCGGGGGGCGGGGAGGGAGGCGAGGUGCGAGGUGCAGCAGAGAGCAGGACGGCGACGGCGACGAUGGAGGCGACGGCGACGAUGGAGGCGACGGCGACGGCGGCAGCGGAGGCGGAGGCGGCAGCGGAGGCGGAGGCGGAGGCGGGCACGGGCGCAUUGACACCGGAGGCGGCGUCGCAGGAGGCGGAGGCGUGGGCGACAGCCGCGCGCAAGAUCACUUGCGACUCCCUCGCCACCCUCUUGGUGCCUCUGACGGCGGCAGACCGAGACUUGGCCGUGCCGGAGGCGCUGGCGGCGGCGGCGCGUGCUUCACUCGAGGCGCUCAGCGAGUGGCGGGCGGACGGCGGCGCCGACGGCGUCGCCGCGGCGCUCGACAUUGUUACCGCCAUGGGCCCGGUGCGGCGCGAGGGGCUGGAGCGGGCGAAGCUGGUGCGUGGACGGCGCGGGCGGCGGCUGAGCGGGCUGAGCGGCGACGCGGUGGCCGUCGCCGCUUCGCUCGCGUUGCACAACGCGGUUGCGCCGCACUGGCACGCGAUUCGGCGCGGCGGCGCGGCGUCGGUGCGGUUCGCCGGCGGCAUCGCCGAGCGGCGUUUCGUCGCUCCGGUGCGCGAGAUCGCUCUCGAGCUCCUCAACCGGCGGCAGCCUCUGAGCGAGCCGACCGCCGUCGAGGACGCCGAGGCGUCGCUCGAGACGAUGCUUCAGGACCUUUACCCGAGCGAGGGCCUUAGCCGCGCCGAGGCGCUCGCGGCCGCGACGCGCGCAUACGAGGAGGAGAUGCGCGCGGGUGCCGUGCGCAAUCUGCUCUCAGGGAAGAUGGUCCAGGCGCUCAAGCUGCAGUCCCUGCGCGCGAUGGACACGCUCGACCGGCUUGUCGACUCGAACAAGCUCAACCUGCAGCUGCGCUCCGCCGCGCGGCGCACGGCAGCGCAAAACGGAAACGGUGCCGCGGACCAGCGCGGCGGAUUUCGUUUGGUUGGGGAGCUCCUGCACAGCGCGGAGCGGGCGCUGACCCUUGCCGGAGACGGCAGCCUCGGCGCGGAAGGCUUGGGCCUCCUGGAGCUGCUGGGGGCGGCGGCGAGGCUUCCCGCGGCCGCCCAGGCGCGGCUGCUGCGACUGGCGAUGGCGCGGCACGCGCGGCUGUCUGUGGGGUAA